AUGGCGCCUGAAAAAGCUCGUCCGGCGCGGUCACUCGCAGACCAGUUAGCUGACCUCGAGGAUCCAACACCAAAGGACUUUGAUCCCGAGGACAUUGAACGUGAUGUAGAUUCAAUCGGUGAUGACGGCCCAAAAAAUCCCUCAGACGUGACUGCAGGCCGGGAACACUAUCAAUCAGUUGGAAAGGGCAAGCUUCGAAAAUCAGAACCCGCCGACUUGGGCAAACAGUAUGCCGGCGCCCGAGUAAGCCGAGAUCAAUUGGAAGCCGAGAGUGACGACGAUCCCUUUGCCGCUCAUUCCGGGGACGAAUCGGCUUCCGCAAGCGACGAGGAUGACUUUGGAUCAAUCGCGGAGACCAGUAAUUCUGAGAUUGACGGGGAUGAGCAGGAAGAGCUUUCAGAUGAGGAGGAGGAGGAUGACGAUGAUGACGAAGAUUAUGACAGUGAGGAAGAGGGCUCCGACACGCACACCAGAGGCCCCAGUUCAGUCAAACCUAAAAUAAAUGGCGCGGAGCGCCCGGCUGCUUCUAACGACGAUCGCGAUGAGCUACGACGACUCAUGGCUUCUGACCAGAAGACUAUUGCUGCGACGAUCUCUCAAGCCGCCAAAGCAGACGCUGCGAAAGGCAAGGCAGUCAAGCAGCAGCGCUCUACGUUCGAUGCUCUUCUGAACACCAGAAUCAAGCUCCAAAAGGGUAUGGGUGCGAUCAAUCAGAUGGCCGGCGCAGUGGCGGAGACCAAAGAGGCGAAUGGAAGCGAGAAUGCGGACAAGACAAAUUCCGAAGCCAUCAAGUCGGCCGAGGAGGCUGCGCUUGCUCUGUGGUCUACAUUGGAGGGGUUGCGUAUUGCGCUUGCUGAUGCUCACAAUAAAGAUGGGGUCAGAAAGCGCAAGCGCUUGGAUCCUGUUUCAAAUUCCACUUCUGCCCAAUCUCUUUGGCAACGCAUGUCCGACCUCGAGGCCGAUUCCGUACUGCAUCGGCGAGCUGUCCUUGACAAGUGGUCCUCCAAAGUUCGUGGUCCUGCGGCCUCCCUGCCUAACGCCCGUGGCAAGUUGCUGGGAUCGGCUUCUGGCACUCAGACCAUUACGGCCGUCCUCGAUGCCCACGUUGCAACCGAAAUGGGCGACAGGGCGAGUAAGCGUGCUCGUCCGGGGACUGCCCCAACUGGAAACUCCCCAGACGAAUCUCAGGAGGCUGUCUAUGAUGACACUGUCUUCUAUCAAUCUUUACUUCGCGACCUCGUUGAGCAACGCAUGGCAUCGGAGGCUAUGACUGGUGGACUCGACACUCUUCAGCAGAUGCCAUCUCGUCUGCCAAUCCAUCCUAUCACUGGCAUGCGUAACGACAAGAACCGCAAAGAGGUGGAUACUCGGGCCUCCAAGGGCCGCAAGAUGCGGUUCAAUGUCCACGAAAAGCUGCAGAAUUUCAUGGCUCCAGAAGACCGAGGCUCGUGGACUGUUCGUGCCCGAGACGAAUUCUUUGCUUCCUUGCUUGGCAAAUCGGCGAGUGGUCUAUUGGGCGAAGGCGACGACAGUGCUAGCGAGGCUGAGUCGGAUGAGGAUCGGGAAGAAGGCGGAUUGCGUCUCUUCCGAGGCUGA